AUGGGGGGUUUUGAGGGUCACCUGUUCCCAGGAUUGUUUUUCUUAUUCUAUGGUCUUUAUCAUGGACGACUUUUCUCCAAGGCCUCGAUAUGCAACUGCUUUGUCCAGUAUCCACCAACUCAUCCCUGGAGCAAGGGAAGAUGGGCCAAACUGCAACAAAUAUACUACGUUGGAUUUCUGAAGAUUUUGGGAGCUUGCAUUUUAGUAGCUCAAGAGCUGAAUAACAUCCCUGGACAGUUUGCACUUAUUACCAAGUUAUUUUACCAGAGAAACUUCAUAUACCGCAAAGAGUGGCAGCAUCUCACUCUGUACAUGAGCUUCUUCCUGAGCGGAUGUGUAGAUGUGGCGAGCCAGAACCUGCUGCCCCGGAGGUGUGCCACACUGGAACAGGCUGCCCAGGCCCUGGCCUUGUUUGUGUGUCUGCCUUUGAUGGUGUCUCACAUUCAGGACACAGAAGGAGUGGAGCUUCAGGCUCACAUACUGCUCAUCCAGGCCAUGUUCCUACUGAUGCUGGUGGUGAUUGCAGAGCUCUGGGCUCCCAACAUGCCUCAGAUCUGGGUGAUGAAGGCCUUCUUAAAUAUGGUGGUGGGCACUUGGCUGAUACACAUAGGCUUUAUACUGUUCAAACCCAUCUCUGGCUAUAAGUGGAUGGAUGACGACAAAAAUGACAUUAUGUUUGUCACUACCUUCUUCUGCUGGUAUGUGGCCUUUAGUGCCAUCUUGAUGAUCUGGAUCUAUGGCUUCUCUUUUGUGUGGUAUUGUUAUGUUUGUUGA